AUGUCACAUAAGAACAUUGUUGUUCUUUUCAUAAUUACUUUUUAUUUUAGAAUAGUCUCUGGUGACUGGUGUGAAUUUUCUCCUAAUAAAGCUUCUUUUCAAUUCGGAGAACCAUGUAAUUAUCCAAGUCAGUUAGAGUGGAGAGGUUGGAAACAUGUAACUUAUGUAGAGACAAAUAAAACUGAUUGUUUCUUAUUUGUUAAUGAUUGUUGUGGUGCUGAUAGAUCUGAUACAACAAAAAAUUAUUUAUUUUUUAAUGACACAGCUGAAACACCAAAUAAGUAUUUGUAUUUUAAACAUGAGCCUUCAACAGCAAAUGGAAGAAAGACGUUAAACUUAGAUUUUUGGAGAGAAUCAACGUAUUUAGAUACUAACUAUGUCUUUGACCUUGAUGGAAUUCCUGAAUAUUCUACUUUGUAUCAAGGAGGAAGAGUUGCAUCAGACUCAUCAACUACAACACUUAUGUUACACAAAGUUAUUGUUUAUUUAACAGUCAAUGAUACUUAUCAUGAAAAUAUUAUUUUAGAUUAUAAAGAAAGUAUUCCACCAUUUCUUCUUAUUGAAGGAGAUGUUUCUGUUACAAUUAAAACAAAUUAUGAUACUCCAACAUGUACGUAUCAUUAUUCAACAAAAGGAACAAAAUCCACUAUAAAAACACCAAUUUCUGGAAAGGUUUCUGGAUCAUAUAAAUCAUUUAGUAUUUGUGAUAUUGAUGGGUAUUCUCGAGUUACUCUUUGUCCUUCACAAAUAACUCCUGAAAAUGAUUGUACAUGUACUUUUAAAAAUUUUGAAUAUCAGAAUGGAUAUUAUGAUUGUUAUUAUAUUAGUGAACAUAGAAUUUUUAAUAUUAGUUCAGACCAAGAACAAUUACCUGUAGAACAAACAUGGUAUUCUUUUACUAAUAUUGGUGAUACGACUUUGUCUAUUCCAAAACGGAAUAGUCUUUCAUUUGUUGGUGUUGUAGAACCACCAGAAUAUCCUAUGCGUUUUUAUGGUAAAGUAUAUUUUAAUAAUACUCUUAAAAUUACUAAAAGUGAUGUUUAUUUUAGUAUUGGUACGUUCUAUUUAAAUAAAAUAAAAAUACAGGAGUCUGUUUCAAAUGACGCUGUUCUAUUCAGAGGAAAGUUAAUGAUUGAUACUGAUGAUGAAAUAACAAGACUCGAGAAUAUUGGUAUUAGACAAGUACCUUGUGGUGAUUCAACAAGAAGAUAUAUCAAAACAACAAGCUCUAUAGAGUGUAAGUGUACACAGACAUCAUCAACCACUUUUACUCAAUUUGAUUGUGAUGAUUCAACCACUAGAAGAUAUGAUAAGUUUACAUUAGUUCUAUCUCAAGACUAUAAUGGAGGAAAUGUAAAAAGAUAUUGGCAAAAAAUUACCUCAGAUACAGAACUUAAAUCCGUAACAAUUACUGGUUCAGGAAUUAAUGUUGAAGAUGUGUGUGAUUUUAGUAAAAUUUCAAAUAUCAAUAUCAACACUGAUUUAAGAUGUUCGUCUUUGAAAAUCAAUUUAAUGUCAUCUAUUUCUGUUAAUGAAAACUCGCAAUUCUCAUUUGAUUCAAUCACUACAGUUGGUGAUACAAACUAUUCAAAUUUAGAUAAAAAGGCAAUAAUUCAAGUUAACUCAGGUAAUUUAGUUAUUUCAAGUGCUAUUAAAAUAGAUUUUACUUCUAUCACUGCUGAAUGCUUUGAAUUAGCUUCUUCAGUCUCUCCAUUUUCUGAUGAAUUAUCAUUAGUAGAGUCAAGUGACCAUAAAGUUUAUGCAUUGGAUCGUUUGUUAAGGGUAUGUAAGAAGGAUGUUAAAAAUAAUAAGGUUCAUUGCACUAUUUCAGAAUCUAAUUAUAAAUUUGCUUAUCAACAAUGUCCAUGCCAAGGAUCAACUUGUUAUAUCCAAACUAGUCUUGAUAAAGUCACAAUCCCUGAUUCAACUAACAUUGAAAAUGCUAUUCUUUUAUUGUCUCAAAAUGUAAUGUUUUUGAAUGUCCAAAGUAUUGAUAAAAUUCAAAUAACGGGUGAUUUUGAUAUUACUCUUGAAGGAACUGGAAGCAUAUAUAUUGGGGCAAUUGAUGGAUUGUCUCACAAACCAACACUAAUCACUAAAGGAAAUACAACCAUUGAACAAACUCUUAGUGCAAUAAAGUAUAAUCCACACUCAAAACUAACGUUCUUAUCACAAAAUACUUUAAUUGAAGAUGUUAUUGAAACAGACACAUCAAUGAUUACCAUUGACCGAGCUGUGACAAAGUUAAAAUUGAAUAGUUUAACUGGAGCUAAACAUAAAGAAACACCUCUUUUUGAUACCGUUACAGCAUCAUCACCGUUAAAUAUUGAUGGUAUGCCAACAGUCUCUAAUAUAAUGAGGUCAGUAGUAAAGAACACCAAGAGAAAGAUUGAAAUCACCCAACCAGAACAAAUUAAAUUUAGUUGUGAUAGACAAGCUAUUGUUAUCAUGGAAGAAGGACAAACCUCAGUCACAAAAGAAAACUGUAUGACAAUGAACCUUUACCAAGACAACGUAUUCAAACAAAUGAAGGGAAUUACGUUGAUGCCCAAUAAGAUGUAG